AUGUUGGCUGAAGAAAAGGACCAAGGCACCCCAGCGACGAUAUGUAUAUCGCUCGAUGAGGAGUCAACUCUUGGGCUUCAUCCAAGUGUUGUGCCCACUCUCGUUCUUGAAGUAUCCUCCGAAAAUCACCCUCAUGCCUCACAACCGAGUCUGCACGCGUAUACUGAAGGGGGCCUCAAAGCAAACAUAACUGUUCUAGGGGCGUUCCUCGCGUUGCUUUGCACGUUUGGGCAGAUGAACGCCUUUGGCACCUUCCAAGCGUGGUAUGCCGCACACCAGCUGCAACACCUGCCUGCUUCGACAAUCUCCUGGAUCGGCUCGUUGCAGCUAUGGGUUUUCUUCUUCUCGGGUGCGCCGAUAGGUCGACUGUUCGAUGCUUAUGGACCGACUUGGCUCAUGGUUGCGGGAACACUUUGUUAUACUUUAGGCAUGGUGUCUCUGAGCUUCUGCGUGCAAUAUUAUCAGUAUAUUCUGAGUCAAGGUAUCCUCCUGGGUCUGGGUGUAGGCCUAGUAUUUUACCCCUCUCUGGCAAGUAUAUCAACACAUUUUCUCAAGUACCGUGCAACGGCCAUUGGCAUUGCUAUUGCUGGAUCAAGCGUCGGCGGUGUUGUGUACCCUAUUAUACUACAACGAUUAUUUGAAAGCGUCGGGUUUGGCUGGGGAGCUCGCAUUUCAGGACUAGCCAGCGGUGCUGGAUGUGUUGCCGCAACUUUGAUGGUCUCCAGUUUCUCCGCGCAGCGGAAGCCUGGUCCAUGGUUCGACAUCAAAGUCCUGUCUGAUGCUAGUUUUAUUCUAUUAUCUGCCGGUAGCUGCUUCGUAGCUCUAGGGAUGUUUAUACCUUUUUUCUACAUCGUCGACUACGCCAAACAUCAAUCAAUACCGGACCACAUGUCGUUCUAUGCCCUGGCUGUCAUGAACGCAGGCGGUGUCCUAGGGCGGAUUGCGCCUGCUGUGCUGUCAGACAGCAUUGGCAGGUUUAACCUCCUCACACCUUCCGCCUUUCUUUCCGGUCUUUCUUGCGUCGCUUUUUGGCUCUUCGCAAAAUCUCUUGUGUCAAUCAUGCUUUUCUCAGCAGCCUAUGGAUUCUUUUCUGGUGCUUUCAUCUCCCUCGUUACCCCAUGCGUCGCCCAAAUAUCAGAUAUCAGGGUGAUUGGUAUAAGGAUUGGUAUGCUCUACACCAUCAUCUCGUUCCCGUGA